AGCUGAGCACUGUUAUGUGCCCACUCUUGACACGAGAGCUCACUUGCACUGUAACAUUUCACCCAGACAUUUUUCCUGCACUGCAAGGACUCAGCAUUCUACCUCAGUGUUCGACGAACGAGCUGCUAAUACCUCAAGAUUAUUAUUUAUUGCAAUAAUAAUCCAAAGUUCUGAAAAGCCGUUGGAAUUUGAGAGCCGAUUAUUCACUUUAACAGACUGCAACAACAACAACUUUUACCCCUUUUUGAUUUUUUUUUUGUUUCUUUUAAGGACCUCUUUGUGGAACAUUUUACCAGGAUUUUACUUAAAUUGAUUGUUUAAUAUGUUAGUUGUUUUUUAAUGAAGGUGCUACACUUUGUGAGCCAGCAUUCUUAUUGUAUUUUCUUAAAUAUUUUAUGUAAUAAGAGUAAUUAAUUCAGCAGGUGCUAGAACAGUAUACAGUUUUUUUUUUUGCACAUCCAAAUAUUCUAAAGGAUUGUACCAACAACGGGAACUAGUGCAUUAACAUAAAAUCACCUAGUGGAGUUCUUGUAGUACAAAACGAUGGGGUUUGGUGACCUCCUAGAGCUGGUAGGGGGCACAGGACGCUUCCAGAUCCUGCAUGUGACCCUUCUCUGCAUACCUGUCCUGAUGAUGGCCAGUCACAACCUGCUGCAGAACUUUGUGGCUGCGGUGCCUCCUCACUUCUGCAGCGCACACACAAACCUCUCUCAGUCCGAGUUGAGCCCGGAGGAAAGGCUGCUGGUCACAGUGCCUCUAGACCAGACAGGGAAGCCGGAGAGGUGCCGGCGUUAUACUGCACCACAGUGGCACCUCCUGACUAAAAAUGAGAGCUCCGGUUCAUGGGAGGAGGGUGACUCUAAAGAUGGUUUGGAUGUUGAACUGCAGGGAUGCAAAGAUGGAUGGUCCUAUAACAUGACUGAAAUGAGCACGACGAUCAUAUCUGAUUGGCAUUUGGUGUGUGAUGAGCGCUCUUUGAAGCAAAUGGGACAAACGAUCUACAUGGGAGGUGUGCUUUUGGGAGCUCUUGUCUUUGGAGGUCUUUCAGACAGAUAUGGUCGACGCAUCCUCUUGCUCAUUUCUAACCUGCUGAUGGCAGUGGCGGGAACAUGUGCUGCUUUCUCCAACUCCUUCUCGCUCUUCUGCCUGUUCCGCUUUGGUUGUGGCAUGGCUCUGUCCGGCCUGGGGCUCAACACCUUCUCGCUCAUUGUGGAGUGGAUCCCCACUCGUGUGCGGACUAUGGCGGGGACCUUAACAGGUUACUGUUACACAUUUGGACAGUUGAUGCUGGCAGUCAUAGCCUACUUCAUCCGGGACUGGAGGUGGUUAAUGCUGGCUGUGUCUUUGCCCUUCUAUGUCUUCUUCCUCAUCUCAUGGUGGUUUCAUGAAUCUUCAAGAUGGUUAGUUAUGAGUAAUAAGCCUGAACAAGCCAUCAAGAACCUUAAAAGUGUGGCUAAAUUUAACGGACGGCACGAAGAGGGAGAAAAAAUUGACAUGAAAAUGCUGCAGGAGUCCAUGAAGAAAGAGAUGGCCUGUUCGCAUGGCACCUACUCUGUCCUGGAUCUGUUCCGCACACCCAAAAUGAGGAAAAUAACGAUCUGCCUCAGUGCUGUCUGGUUAUCAACAAGCUUUGCUUACUAUGGUCUUGCUAUGGAUCUGCAAAAGUUUGGGGUGAACAUCUAUUUAAUGCAAGUGAUCUUUGGAGCUGUCGACAUCCCUGCUAAAGUCAUCAUAACUGUGUCUAUGAGUUUUAUUGGACGCCGUCCAUCACAAUGUGGUGCUCUCGUUAUGGCUGGAGUCACUAUUUUGAUCAACCUGCUGGUACCUUAUGAUAAACAUACUGCACGCACCUGUCUGGCAGUGAUGGGUAAAGGUUGCCUUGCUGCCUCCUUCAACUGCUGCUACCUUUACUCUGGAGAGCUUUACCCAACCAUCAUUCGUCAGAAUGGCAUGGGCUGGGUAUCUAUGAUAGCUCGUGUAGGAGCCAUGGUGGCCCCUAUGGUGCUUCUCAUAUCCGACCAAAUGCCUUGGCUCCCGGGUUUAAUCUACGGAGGAGCUCCGAUUCUCAGUGGAGUGGCUGCGAUAUUUCUUCCUGAAACACUUGGCUCACCCCUUCCUGACACAAUACAAGAUGUGGAGGACAGGCUCUGGACCAACCUGCACAACAAGAUCGCCCAGGCAACCAAACGUCCUACUUAAUAACACUUUUAAAAACAAACCUUUCAAGUCUGGCUUUUACUUGGAUCUCAGAUGAACACUUUACUGAUAUUUUAUUUAUAUUAAGCAUACUUUGAGGCAGCACUGUGUCUUUGUUUAGAAUGUUAGUGUAUAGGUUGAUCACAAUUGCAGACCACACUAUUCCUAAUCGUCUCCCAUGAUGGAUGGAUGUUUGGACCUUAACCUGCUCAUUAUCUCUGCACAAUAACUAGUCAGUUUUUGAAUAAUAGUUACAUAGUUACUGUGGUUGUCAUCUUAGAAAGUUAUGUUCAGAUAUGUGCCAUGACCGUGUCAGCACCAUGGCUGAAUGCUUAAGUCAAUGUGGAAGUUCUUGAAGAUGCAGAACGCCUAAUGACUGUUAGACGCCAUCUCUAAAAACUUGGCCUACUUGUCUCUCGAAGUAGAAAGUCAAUAUCCAACAUUAAAGACAGGUACAUUUUGAAGUGUGUUUUGUCGACUGACAGGAGUUUGAGCCUCACACUCAGUUGUCAUGGUUUCCACUUUUUCAUCCCUCGUCCAUCUCAGCUUAAACCCUAGUUGUCCAAAUAUCGAUUGUCUGGAUUUUCAAAACCUCAGAAACUUAAAGGUGCCGUUACAUAUGUUAGUUACACAUUUUCCUACAGUUAUAAUACCAUAAUCAUAAACCAACUAAACAUUAAUGUCAAUAUAAUUGAAAAGCAGCUUAUAAUUCACAUACCACUAACCGUGGAUCAGAGUGUUUGUAUCCACUGCUCAGUGCCCUUAGGAAACUACAACAUGCUGUGUGAGACACAAUACUGAGAUACUCCCACAACACUGCUGAUUCAUCUUAAGCCAAAGCUGCCACCAUGAUGGAAGAGGCGCUUGUGCAAUUUGGCUCUGCAUAGCAACUCAUUGGCUAUUCAUGCACACAUGCUUAUUGUAUACUGGUAUUGUUGGUACAGUACAGCUGAUACACACAAGAGGCAAAACACAUCUUGUCUGGUUAGUUUUUGACAGUCUAUAAAAAGGCACUGGUCAUUUGCUUUAGAUACUAUUUGUUCAGAUUGCCUGUACUUCAUAGUCUUGCAAUUUACAUCAUAUUUACAUUUUUGCUGCUGCCAGCAUCUGGCGUUGGACACUCUGUCAUACAAUUAUUCAACCAAAAUUAGCGUGUAGGCGAUAUGAAGGUUCUUUAAACAUGGGAUAACCCACUAAAAAUCCAAAUCCAUUUGCAUUAGACAAGUACGCCUUACUGUUUUUUUCCUGGUGUGUCACGGACAUGUCUGAAAGCAGGGUUAAUUAAUAAACAGUGGAAAACAGUUACAUUGGUUACUUAUUUUUUGUAUCUGUAAUUCAAACUCUCAAACCAGCGUUGGUGAUUGUUGGAGCAUUAGAAAGACUAACAAAGACAGUUU